AUGACAGGUCAUCCAGUGUCUGCUCAAAGGAUUUCUUCUUGGAUCACUACCUGCAUUCGCUGUUGCUGUGAUCUGGCAAAGAUUGCACCUCCGAUGAACUUGGAUAGAUUUGCCAGCAUAAGGAUUCCAGGCAGUAGAAAAGAAAGACCUCCUUUAUUGCAGCUGAAACAAUCACAUUCCUCUAUUGAUUGGUCAUCACCUCCUGCAGAUGUGGAUGAAUUCAUUCCCAAACCCUUGUCAGAGCGAGAAAUCCUAGCACUUUUUGAAAAAAUGAUGGAAGACAUGAAUUUAAAUGAAGACAGAAAAACACCAUUGCGAGAAAAGGACUUCAAUACCAAAAAAGAAAUGGUGAUGCAAUAUAUCAGUACUGCUUCGAAGGCUGGAAGCCUCAAGAGCAGCCGACAGAUUACAGCACAGGAAUUCAUCCUGGAACUAAAAUCUGGAGCAACAGAUGAAAGACUUGUCACUUGCUUAGAAUCUCUACGGGUUUCUUUGACCAGUAACCCUGUCAGUUGGGUUGAAAACUUUGGACAUGAAGGACUGGGAUUGUUGCUGGAUGUUUUAGAAAGACUGGUUGAAAUAAAAUCUCAGAACAGAGUUGUGAAGAGGAGUCAGCAUAAGAUCGUACAGUGUUUGAAGGCCUUUAUGAAUAAUAAGUAUGGGUUGGAAAGAAUAAUGGGAGAAGAAAGGAGCCUUUCAUUGCUGGCCAGGGCAAUUGAUCCUAAACAAACUAACAUGAUGACUGAUGUUGUUAAACUCUUGUCUGCAAUAUGCAUUGUUGGAGAGGAGAACAUCCUUGAAAAAAUUUUGGAAGCUGUAACAACAGCAGCAGAAGAAAGGAACAUAGACAGAUUUUCCCCCAUUGUAGAAGGCCUUCGGGAUAAUUCAGUUCAGCUGCAAGUAGCUUGUAUGCAGCUCAUCAAUGCUCUUGUAACAUCUCCUGAUGAUCUGGACUUCAGGCUCCACAUCAGAAAUGAAUUUAUGCGCUCUGGAUUGAAGGAGAUAUUGCCACAAUUGACAUGUAUAAAGAAUGAUGCUCUAGAUAUCCAGCUGAAAGUCUUCAAUGAGCACAAGGAAGAAGACAUGAUUGAGUUCUCCCAUCGUUUGGAAGAUAUUAGAUCUGAACUAGAUGAAGCAAAUGAUGUUUACAAUAUGGUAUGGAACACAGUCAAGGACACUAAUGCUGAAGGAUAUUUUCUUUCUAUUCUCCAGCAUCUUUUGCUCAUACGAAAUGAUUAUUUUAUACGACCCCAGUAUUUCAAAUUAAUUGAAGAAUGUGUGUCCCAGAUAGUAUUGCAUCGCAGUGGAACAGACCCAGAUUUCACCUACCGUAAAAAGUUAGAUGUAAAUUUCAGUCAUUUAAUAGAUGUUUGUGUAGAUAAAGCAAAAAUAGAAGAAUUUGAAGAGAGAGCUUCAGAACUUUCCAGGAAAUUUGAAAAAGAAUUUGUAGUCCAUCAGGAGACCCAGUCCCUACUGCAGAAAAAAGAAGAAAAAAUCAGUGCGCUAGAAGCAGAAUUACAGGCUUUUAAAUCCCAGUAUGGCUCCAUACCACAUGGAUCAGAUGUUCAUUUUUUACCAUCAGUACAAGGAGGCACAUCUAUUCCUCCAUCAGCUGCUGCAGCACCUGAACAGUUACUACCAUCUCCCCCAUUGGCACCUUUUAAUGGAGCACCUCCGCCGCCGCCACCUCCGCCACCGCCUUUUAUGAAUGGCUCAGGAAUGGCUCCAUCUUUUGGUGCACCACCACCUCCUCCGCCACCAGGCUUUCCUGGAGUACAGUGGUCUCCGCCUCCACGUACAUUGCCCUUUGGAUUGAAGCCUAAAAAAGAAUUCAAACCUGAGAUCACCAUGAAAAGGCUCAAUUGGUCAAAGAUUAGGCCACAUGAAAUGAAUGAAAACUGUUUCUGGCUGAAAGCAGAUGAGGACAAGUAUGAGAGUGCUGAUUUGCUUUGCAAACUGGAGCUUACGUUUUGUUGUCAAAAGAAAGUAAAAAAGGAAGAGGACGAUUUUGAAGAGAAGAAAUCUAUUAAGAAAAGAAUCAAAGAACUAAAAGUCUUGGACCCAAAGAUUGCACAGAAUCUGU